AUGUGCUGUAUCUGUGAUCAGCAGAUCCGUGAAGCCGUUGCUCGAAUCUAUCCAAGGGCAGUUCUAUUUUGGGGUGUUUUUGCUCAUCUGUUUUGGUUAGAAGUCACCGCAGGUAUGCUUUCGAGAACGAUGAUCACGAGUGUAGAACUGCAAAAUAGUAUAAUUCUUGAACAGUAGAAUACUAGAAUAGCAGAAUAGUAGAAUAGCAGAAUAGUAUAAUAGCAGAAUAGUAGAAUAGCAGAAUAGCAGAAUAGUAGAAUAUCAGAAUAGGAGUAUAGUAGUUGUGUGGGAAUAGUAAUAUAGUAGAUUUGUAGAAUAGCAGAGUAGUAGAAAAGUAGAAUAUCAGAACAGGAGUAUAGUAGAAUAGCAGUUGUGUGGGAAUCUAUUAUUUUCUAUAUUGCUAUUCCCACACAACUGCUAUUCUACUAUACUCCUGUUCUGAUAUUCUACUUUUCUACUACUCUGCUAUUCUACAAAUCUACUAUAUUACUAUUCCCACACAACUACUAUACUCCAAUUCUGAUAUUCUACUAUUCUGCUAUUCUACUAUAGUAGAAUAGCGGAUCUGCAGAAUAGUACACUGUAGAAGAUAAAGUGUCUGCUUUACACAUUAGGAUCAGUAGUGCAGUCUGGUGUUGUUCUCUAAAGGGUCUGUGCUGUAUCUGUCAUUUUUGGUGUGGUUUUUGCUCGUCUACUUUGGUUAGGAGUCACCGCAGGUAUGCUUUCGAGAACGAUGAUCACGAUUGGGAAAUCGUAUUUCCGUUUGGUGUAUAAUUGCAAAAUAGUAUAAUAAUUGAAUAGUAGAAUAGUAGAAUAUCAGAAUAGGAGUGGUAUGGGAAUAGCAAUAUAGUAGAAUAGUAGAAUGGUAGAAUAUCUGAAUAGGAGUAUAGUAGAAUAGCAGUUGUGUGUGAAUAUCAAUAUAGUAGGAUAUUUUUAAAGCAUAUUAUUGCGCUGUACUAUGUUAAUUUUUCAAGAUUCAUGGUCACUGAUUCUUGGUAAGAAAUCAAGAUCAGUUCAUUCUGGUCUGAAUCAGGAGAUUGUUUGAAAAACACUGAUAUCUCAGUAACGGCUUCUGGCUAGAGAACUCUGAAUAUACAUUCUAAAAAGUCUUGAUAUCAGCUAUAAUAUGUACUAAAAAAAGU